CGCUUUACGUAACCAGCGGCCCUGCGUGGGAGGAGUCACCAGCACUGCAGCUCCAGCAGCGGCUCACACAGGCUGCACACCCUCUUACCUCUCAACUAUCAGACGUUGGAGGAAAGGGGAAAAGCUCAUAAUGGCGGCUGCAUCAUGCCCCUCGCUGGACCCUGACCUAAUGAGGGAGGUCCUUGAAUGCCCCAUCUGCCUGGAGACUUACAGCCAGGAUCAACUGAGACCCAAACUCCUCCAGUGUGGCCACACAGUAUGUCGGCUUUGUCUGGAGAAACUGUUGGCUAACACCAUCAACGGUGUCCGCUGCCCCUUCUGCAGCAAGGUCUCCAGGAUGAGCAGCAUCUCCCAGCUGGCGGAUAACCUCACUGUACUCAAGAUUAUAGACUGCACCUUGACCUGCAGCGCUGCUGCUGCGGCGCUAAUGUGCAAGUCCUGCGGCAACCGGCUGCCGAGACAGUUCUGCUACGACUGCACCACGGUUCUCUGUGAAGUCUGUAAAGCCGAUGGCCACCUCCAUGAAGGUCAUUCAGUUCAGCCAAUAAAGGUGGCUGCUGAGCGGCGCCGUAAAGAACUGAGUGGUAGACUGGCUGCCCUCCGUGACUUUAUGGACAAUAUUCAGAAGAAAAAGACAGCGCUUGAAAACAUUUCCAAGAGCUUGAGACAAAAGUACCGGGCGGUCCAGCAAGAAUACUCUACCGCCGAGCUUCAUCUUCAGGAGGAGCUCGGCCGAUCUCGAAGGACUUUCACAGCCUCCUUGGGAGAGGUGGAAAAGCUCAAUGCACAGGUUCUCGAGGAGCAGACCUACCUUCUUAACCUCGCAGAGGUAAAAGUAGUGUCACGCUGUGAUUAUCUGACCGUACGGGUAAGACAGAGUGAUAUUGCCUUGCUAAAGGACGACGGCGCAGGAAGCGAUGAUGAAGAACUGGACCUGAGAAGCAGUUUACCCACCCAGUUCAAGCUGCAAGAACCAACACUGGCAAGAGCAGAGCACUCUAAACCUAUAGAAGUCGGCUGUUUGACCACAAACACCUACACUGUCAAUACAGACGAUGAGAAUGGUGGGUUAGAGACUGUGCUGGACUUUAAUGCGGAGGAUGCGCCAUUAGGUGCUACAGGUGGUCCUGUUACAGUUCCAGUGGAUUUUUACCGGGAUGUCGACAUGGUUUCAGCUGUAGAAGAGGCGGUUUGCGGUUCACCAGGCAGCUUUAAAUCAAAGUCCAUGGACGCAGGCGGGGGAUCUGCCGGAGCCAGUUCCAAGCCCCCGGUCUGCCAGUUUGUAAAGAAGAUGGGCUGUAAAGGAGCCCUGCCUGGAAUGUUUAAUUUACCCGUUAGCAUUUGUGUUUCACCACAGGGUGACAUACUGGUGGCCGAUCGAGGGAACUGCCGUGUCCAGAUUUUCAACCGCAAAGGCGUCCCGCGCGAAAUCCGACGCAACGCAAGCAUCGACAACUUUGUCCUGAGCUUCUUUGGUGCAGACCUGCCUAACCUUAUCCCCCUAUCCAUAGCUGUGACUCCCCAAGGCCUGAUUGGUGUAACUGACAACUUUGAUAACUCAGUUAAAGUCUACACCAUGGAGGGGCAUUAUGUGGCCUGCCACAAAAACCAACUGAUUAAACCCUGGGGAAUUACUGCCAUGCCAUCGGGCCAGUUUGUGGUGUCAGAUGUGGAAGGGGGCAAGCUGUGGUGCCUUGCAGUGGACCGCAACGUAGGCGUGGUCAGCUACAACCGCUUGUGCUCUGCUGUCCGACCAAAGUUUGUCACAUGUGAUGCGGCAGGAACCGUGUACUUCACCCAAGGCCUGGCCCUGAACUUCGAAAAACGCCACAACGAGCCCCACCUCGAAGGGGGCUUCUCAAUCGGCUCAGUGGGCACCGACGGCCAGCUCGGCAAGCAGCUCAGCCAUUUCUUCUCCGAGUCAGAGGAUUUCCGCUGCAUCACUGGCAUGUGCGUGGACGCUAACGGCGAUUUGCUGGUGACUGACAGUGGUAGGAAGGAAAUCCUCCAGUUUCCCAAAGAAGGGGGGUUUAACAUCCUGGUUCAAGAAGGGCUAACCUGUCCCGUGGGAGUGGCCAUCACCCAGAAAGGACAGCUGCUAGUUCUUGAUUGUUGGGACCACUGUGUCAAAGUCUUCACCUAUGUUCAAAGGAGGCAUUCUUCCACUUCCUAGAAACGCUUUCUCUUCCUGUGAACUCAGGAGGUUUAGUAGGUAUGUGUGGUUGGUCCGGAUGAAAGUUUGAGAAGAAAUAAGAAACCAUAUAACUUGUCAUUUAGUGUAGCUGCAACAAAGACAAUUUUCUUUCCCAGCUUGGUUCCCGAGUGGCUUAUUAUGUAUAGUGCAAUAGCAAGUUGUCCAAGUAGAUCAUGCAAAACAAGCCAUUGGUGUUAAAGCUAUAAAGCACAAAGAGCAAAGAUUGCUCCCUAUGUUAUUAGCCUCUGUAUCCCCGUCAAGCAUGACUGUGUGACUUCCUUGAGCUCGAUUGAGAAAAAUUGAGAGAAAGGGGAAGAAAAUAUUUUCCGAUUUACUUCUGAAAUAAAGAAAACCAAGGCUGUUGGCCUGCGAUGCACUUUAUUGUUGACACGUCACUCUGCCCCAUUACUAGGUUUUAGCAGCACUAACAAUAAUUCUGCUGGUUGAAGCUGGCAGCCUUAAAGUUUUUUCAACCGUUUCAUUCAGUAAUAUUCAGGGACAAUUGAAGAUAAUUAUUUACUUCCAUAUAGAAAAUUACAUUUAGCUGCAAAAUCACAACAUGGGUGGAGAGAAUAAAGGUAUAUCUAAAAAAAAAAAAAUAGUGUAAAAGUUCAAUAUCUUUGUCACUCAUUUCAGAAAUGUAAACUCAUCUACAGGUUCGCCACAUACAGAAAUAUUUCAAGCCUUUAUUUCUUGUAAUCUUUAUUUUUAUUGCUUACAGAUACUGAAAAAAAUACAUUUUAAUCAUCAGAAAUGCCAGGCUUCUGUAGAAUCUAAAUUUUUAUGCGCUCAAUACUUGGUCGAUCUUCCUUUGCAUGAAUUAUUGCAUCGAUGCCGUGACCCUGUGGCACUGCUGGGCAUUAAUGGAAGCCCAGGUUGCUUUGAUGGCUGCCUUCAGGUCAUCUGCAUUGUCAGGUCUGGUGUCUAUAAGCUUCCUCUUGGCAAUUCUCAUUCGCUAUGGGGUUCAGGUCAGGCGGAUCUUCUGGCCAAUCAAGAACCAGCUUUGGCCGUGUGGGCAGGUGCCAAGUCCUGCUGGAAAAUAAAAUCAGCAUCUCCUCACAGCUUGUCAGCAGAGGGAAGCAUGAAGAGCUCUAUAAUUUCCUGAUGGCUGUGUUGACUGUGGACUUCAGAAACACAGUGGACCAACACCAGCAGGUGACAUGGCACCUCAAACCAUCACUGAAAUUCAAGCAGCAUGGAUUCUGUGCCUCUGUUCUCUUCCUCCAGAUUCUGACCUCCAGACCUUGAAAUUAAAACUUUACUUUUAGCUGAAAAGAGGUAUUUGGACCACUGAGCAACUGUCCAGUUAUUUGUAUCCUUAGGCCAAGUAGGACACUUCUGACUUUGUCUCUGGUUCAGGAUAGGAUUUCUUUGUGUGUAGUGGCUCUUGAUGCACUGUUACAGCCUCAGUCCACUUCUUGUAAAUCUCCCAAACGUUUUAAUGGAUUUUAUUUAUCUGACAAUUCUCCGAUGCACCGUUUCCUACCACACUUUUUCCUUUCACUUAACUUUCUAUGGAUCUGCUUGGCUAUAGCACUCUGUGAAGAACCAGCUUCUUUAGCAGUGGCACACUCUCCCGGUGGAGGGUGUCAGUGACUGUCUUCUGGACGACAGUCAAGUCAGCAGUCUUCCCCAUGAUUGAGUAGCAUUCUGACCGAGACUGAGAGGCCAUCUAGAGGCUUAGGAAACCUUUGCAGGUGUUCUGAGUUGAAUAGCUGAUUAGUAUGUGAUGCCACGACUUUCCAACAUUUAAAAUCUUCACAAUAUUCAAAGGUUCUGAGACACUGCAUUUUGGGUUUUCAUUUCCUGUGAGCCAUAGUCAUCAACAUUACAUGAAAUAAAGGCUGGACAUAGGUUUAUAUGUAAUCAAUCUUUAAAAUAUGGGUUUCACUUUCUAAAAUGAUUGAUAAAAAAGUGUUUAACUUUU